AUGCAGUACUUUUUAGAAAAUGUUGAAAGAUUAUCACAAACAUUUAGUAGAUCUAGCAGUAUGCAAGUUGAAAAUUCCUCUAUUAAUUCUAGUAUUGAACGUUUUAUAGAUGAACCUCCGUCAAAUUAUUUAGAAGCUAUUUCACAAGCUCCAG